CAAAAUGUCAGUUUUUUUUGUUUGCAUAGUUUACGCGGUAGUUCUCUAAAAACAAAAUAAACGCAUUAAAAUUGUAAUUAAUUAAUAAAAUUAAAUGUAAUAGUUUCACGAUAAUCGAGAUAUUGUUAUUUACAAGUUAAUUUUCAAUUCUCGUCAAAGGAAUAGAAAACUUCAAUAAGUGAAUUAAAGUGUUUAAUAUCGCAGAAAAAAAAAAAAAAAUUAUGGAGAGCAACGAUGACGAUGAUAAUAAAUUGUCAAAAAAUUAUGAAUUUUCAUUUGAAAUUGACAUUGACGAAAUGAAAAGUGACAAUAGCGUAUUGUCAUCGGAUUCAGAGACAAAUGGUUUGGAAAUUGAUGUAUCAGAAGUUGAUGAUAAUUAUGAAACGAAUAAUAUUAUACGUAAUAAAAGAACAAACACGAUUGUUGAUGCACUUGAUGGUUUGGACAAAAUGGAGGAGGAAAUUGAAAGGCAAUUAGAUGCAAAGGCGGCGAAAACAAAUUUAACAGCGACAAAUGUUAAAAAUAUAUUAAGACACGUUAUAACAAAUGAACAUGUUAGGGCAAUGGUUCGUCGAAGAUUGAAUAAAGCCACCGAUGAUGAUUGCAUUAUUUUCGAGCCAAAAUUGACGCGAUCAAAAGCAAAAGAAUUGGGUGCAUUGGGUCAGCCAAAUAUUCCUUGGCCAACAACACCAGUGAAAACAGCUUCAGCUGAAGUUCAAGUUUUAAUUGAGGAAGAACUUCCCGAGGAUUCAUCGGACGAGGAAUAUGAUCCAGAUCAAGAUCAACAAAGUGACGACGAUAAGGAAGUGGACGAUGAUAAAGAAGCUGAUAAUUCAAUUGGAAGUGAUGUUGAUUCACAGCCAUCAACGCCAGCAAAUUCACAUAAUGAUUCUUUAUCGCAGGAGGCAAAAAAUGAUAUUCAAUAUGAUUCGGAGGGAGUUUUUAAAAUUCCCGAAAUUCCUCAUACUCUAACGGAAGAGGAAAGUAUUGGACAAAGAACACGAUCGAAAUUAUGUCUCAGUGAAACGCCAUUGGAACAUAUUGAACAAGCAUUUAUUCCACCGGAUAUUACAACUGAUAUGUAUGACUAUGAUUGUGAUUUAGAUGAAGAAUGGAGGGAUUUUCUUAAUGAAUUCACUCAGCCUUUGCCUCAAGAAUUAAAUGUUGAUGAUGAUCCUGAAGCCGAUCCGGAAUAUAAUAUUUUAGAGGAAGACGAAACGGAAUUAUUGGAUAAAGAGGAAUUUCGAAUGGAUAGAGCGGUAAAAGUUUCACGAAAGGAAGUGAAUAAUUUAAUGGACGAAUUAUUGGAAUAUGCGAAUGAAUACGCGCAUACACAUUCAACAGAUAAGGAAAUUGUUACAAUUCAAGAAACACCGAGAAAGAGAAAAUCUUCUGAUUUUAUAAAUCCACCGAUACAAAAUAAUCCAAUGAAUUCGCCGAUUGAAUUAAUAUCAGUUUUAUCAAAAGCUGAUUUACCACAAUUUGUUAACAAUGAACAACGUCAUUUACUUAAUAUUCAAUUAAGACAACACGUUCAACUUAUGUCACAACAAUUUUUGAUGUCCUACAAACAUCCGGAAUAUCAUAAUUUGUCAAAAAGUUGUAAAUCAAAUAUUGAAAGUUUAAGAUAUUUAAGUUCCGGUCCAGAAUCAGCGUUUAAUGUUGAUAAUUUACCGUAUGCAUUGCAAUUAAUAAGCGAUUUUGAGGAAAAAUUUAAAGAUGAAAAAUUUUACGAGGAAUUUAGUAAUUUUCUUGCUGAAGAUAUGAAAAAAGGAGCAAUGAAAACACAUCGUAUUCAUUCGCAUAAAUUUCAUCCAUCUAUGGAGAAAUUAAUAAUGGAAAGUAAAGCGUUACCAUAUCCAAAUCUUUUGCCCCAUAUGUAUACGAGAGCCGAUGUUAAUAAUCGAAAAUGUCGUGUUUUCUUCAAAUCAGAGGAGAAUUUGAUUGCUUUGGGUUUGGAACAAUUUAAACCAUUUCUUUUGAGUAAAGGAAAAAAAAUUCACAAAUUUAAGACAUAUUUAAUGAAGGAUGUUAUUCGUUUGACACGAAUUUAUCUACUUCCAGUUCGUGACAGUAGUUCGAUUUAUAGUCUUAUUAAAAAAUACGAAAAUCCUCAUACUGAUGGUCCAAUUAGGUAUUAUCUUUCAACUGGCAAAGCACCGGCGACAAUUCACGUGAUUACUUUGGAUACAGUGUUGAAACCACCACAGGAACAAUCAAUUGAAUUAUUACCUCAAAUAUGGCGAAAAUUUGCCCACAAUGCUAAUCAACCACCAAAGGAAUUAGAGAAGCAACCAAAGGAAAUUGAUAAUCUCAUUAAUAGUGAACUAAUGGAAUUUAUUGAAAUAAAUCCUGGAAAGCAUCUUUGUAAUCCAAUUGUGAAUAUGAUGCCAUCGGUAAAUUUGUCAAAGCGGAAAACUACGAGAAAAAGAGGAGGAAGUGGCGGCACUGGAAAUAAAUCAAUUGUACACAUUGAAAUACCAUCAUCGAAUUCUCAGGAAGAAAUGAUUGUUCCUGAAAUAAUGGACGUCGAUACAAGUAUGGAAAUUGAAUUUUUAGAUAAUGACAAUCAACAAUCGAAGAAAAUAAGUCCACGUUCAACGAAAAUUCAACGUAAUUGUCAAUUAAAUAUUACAUCGCCUACAAUUCAAGUUUUUUCCAAUGAAUGCGCUGAAGAAAUGAUAGUACCAGAAAUAAUGGAUGUUGAUACAAAUGUUGAAAUGGAAAUUUCAAUGGAUCAGAGUGAAAAUCAAAAACAAAAAUUACCACAAUUAAGACAAACAACGCCACGUUUGGCAAAAAUGCGUAGCGCACAAAAUAUUAAAUCAAUGACACAAUCAAUGAUUGCAGGUAAGGAAAUUUCUUCAACGAGUGGAAUUACUAAUAAAACAAAAGGUGGUAAAGUUUUGUUAGCUGCUGAAUCGUCAAAAAAUUCCGAAUUCUCAUCAACAUCGUCUGUUAAAGGAGACAAUGAAGAUGAAAUUGCGGAAUUAAUGAGAGCGAGUACAACAAUAAAAAAGAAUGCAGUUGUUAAUCGAAAAAAAGCAAAACAAGCGCGCGAAUUAGAAAAUAUAAAACGUAUGAUUGAUUCGGAAAAUGAAUUAAAUACCGAGGAAAGAGCAACGAUUUUAUGCUUUAUUCAAGAAUUUGCCGAAUCAUAUUUACAAAAAUUACAUACAACACUUGAAUCAUCGGAUCCCGAGACAUUUAAGGCGAUUAUUAAAUUAUUUCUCGAAUAUAGCGAGAAACUUGAUAAUAUUUUACAAACGGAAAAUGAAAAUGAAUUAAAAACCGAUGAGGGCAAAAAUGAGAGAAAAUCAAAAUUAAAUGAUUUACCGGGAACAAAAGAUAUGGUGGCUGUUAAUUUUUAUCGUGAGGUUUGUGAGAAAUUAAAAAAUUAUCCCGAUAUGUCAACGGAUUUUUUAUUAUUUCUCAAUUCAUAUCAAGCUGGUAUUGUUAAUAAAUCAUUGGAAUGGAUGAUGUUACAAAGAAUGCAAGAAUUUGUUCAAGUUGCACAAAUUUAUUUUGCCAAACAACCAUCGCGUUUAACAAAAGUAAUGCAAUCAAUUUCACAACUUGCAUCGGCGCCUUAUACAUCAUUGAAAAAUGUUCACGAUGCAAUUAGUCCAAUUCUUAAGGGAAGUCCAAUUGUUAUGGAUUUAUUUCUACAAGUUUUUCCCCAAGGAAAACCGCCAGAGAGUUUAUUUGCGCCGCAAUUUUUUGAAAAUAUCACCUGUCCAGUUGGUCCACAUGACAAAAGUAAAAUUUCGACUCUUGAUCUUCCGGAUUUAUAUGAAAAUAUUGAAUUACCUGUAUCGACAACACAGGAAGAUCCUUACGGUGGGGAAAAUUGUAAAUGUAAUUGUCACAAUUCCUCGGAUUCAAAGCUCAAAAGUGGAAAUGAACAUUGCGCUUCCUGUGGGACAAGGUUUCUCAAUGGUAGAAUUUAUCUUCAAACAUCUGAAGGUUUACGACCGGCAAAAAUAACAUUUCCCGGUGAAAAUAAUGAAAAAUUGGAGAAUAUUGCACGUGUCUCAUUGAAACAAGCGGAAAAAUUUAUUCACGCCCCACCAACACAACAGAAACGAAGGAGAAAAUCAUCGAAAAAUGAUUCAAUUAACGAUGAAACAAGUAACAGUGGAAAAACAAUGUCAACAAUUGGUGCAUUUAAAAUAUCACCAAUUAAAGAAGCAACAAUGACAAUGACAACAACAACAACAACAGCAACAACAACAAUAACAAUGACGCCAUCAUCAACGUCAAUGAUGAUGAUGACGACGGUGAUGUCGACAACAACAACAACAACAUCAUCAUCAUCAUUAUUAUCAUCAUCAACAACAAUGAUUCACGAUGAAAAUUUGGAAAAAUUAAUAGCAAAACCAAAACGUGGUCCAAGAUCACCGCCAAAAAAUGCUCAACAACCAUCAACAAGUGGUGUUAAUAGUAAUAAGAGAACAAUUUUAAUUUGUAAAAAGAAACGUGAUUUAAGAGGUGAUUUUAAACGUGAUAUAAAACAAGAGAAAAAUUCACAAAAUAGUUCCAAUGAAUCAUUGUCGAAUCAAAUUCAACAAUCGGAAGAAUUUAUGGAACAUUCAAAUGUGAAAAUUGACAGUUUUAUUGAUGAUGACGAUAGAAAUUGUGGUGUGGAAAAAAUUGCCAUGAAAUCAAUAAAAUUAUCAGAAUCAAGUGAUUCUGAUGGUAGUGUUUCUGAAUUAAUUGAUGAACCAUUGGAAAUUAGACCAUGGUCCAGACAAGAGGAUGCAAUUCUUUUGCAAAGUAUUAAAAAAGAAUAUUCAGAGAAGAGUUUUGUCACUAUAAGUCAAACAUUGGAAAAUCGUACAAUUCAACAGGUAAAAGAUCGUUGUCAAAUGUUAUUGACGCUUUUGGGAAAAAUUUCUUAAAACUACACACAAAAAAGGAAUUUAUGAUUUUUAUCAAUUAUUUGAAGUGUUAUAAAUACUUGUAAAUACUUUCGGCAAUCUGUGAUAAAAAAAAAAACAAGUUGUAAAUUUGUUCAUUACAUGAACAUUUUGCUUCCUCUUUACGAUCAGCAAAAAAAAAUUGCUUCCUCGUGAAGAAAGCAUAAACAUUGAAAUAAAUAUACAAAAAGUAAUAUAAUAAUAUAAA